AUGAGAGCACUCUGUCCUAUUGAUGUGCUACAGCAUCAGUUAGAGGAAGCGCAAGAGAACAGAGAGUCAAUCUCUGCAUCAUCUAUACACAUUGACGAUGGAAAACUACCAGCAGGACGGAAGUUUCCAGUCAGUCACCAGUCGAUAUCUUCAUUCCCCAUUCAGAUUCCAACACCCACUAGUGUAGAAAUGGCAGGAGAUCGGGUUGAAGGCGAUAAUGCUGGCAUUUUAGAGGCUCCUCACACCCCAGAAUUCCAAUCAUCGUCAAGCACACCUUCCCCACGUACAUCCACUCCUCAACCAGAGUCAAUCUUAUCACAAACCAGCGGCAAAACUCCUGACUGUGACGAAGUCGAAACAGAAAACUCACCCAUUGAAGCAGUCGAUACACUCAUUCUAGUGGCAGACACUCAACAGGCAGAAUCAAUGGAGGAUACCACAGAUGACAGCGACCCAAUAUCAAAGCCUCACAUUGGUCCAAUAGUUAUUCCAUCAUCUCAACCUGACAUUGAUGUGUGUGAAGCUGAACGAGGUAUGUUGAAACAAACGCCGGUAGCUGCUGUGUGUGGAAGGAGGAAAGGCGAACCGUCGCCAUCUCCAUCAACUCUUGCUCUCGCAAAGUCGAAGGUUGUUGGAAAAAGUGGGAAAGUUAUUUUGGCAAAGAAGGCAGAACAACGAGAACGAAAACAGACAAAGUCAAAGAACCAAAAACAGAGAAGGCAACAGCAGGAGUUGACGUCAGAAGAUGAGGAUGUGGCAACAGCAGAGCAUUUGGUUGUACAGCAUCAUCGGCCGGCUCGAAGUAGCAAACUUGUAGCUGUUGAACGGAUGAGGAAAGUGGCAUCUCCUGAGAGUGAAUGGGAUGGAGAGAAUAGUGAAGAAGAGGAAGAUGAGGAGGAAUCAGGAAAUGUUAGCGAGUACAAACCGUUAGAGAGGAAAAGCAAACAGACAGCAGAACAGGCAGCAGGCAGCAAUCCUGGCAAAGUUGAACACAAUACUGUUGAGCCUGAACUGGACUCCGCCUUGACAUCUACUAGUCACAAUCAAUCAAAAUCAGAUGAUGAAGACAGUAAAGGCAGUAAAGGUCUAAACCUGCAGAUGCAGUCUCCAGACGUUUUGUUGGUUGGUGGCAUUGAGGGUGUUCGCACGGAAGGCCAGAGCAGUCAAGAAGUUGAUGCAAUUGCAAAUUGUGGUGAUAGUGAAGUGGUUAAUGAUGGACGUGACAGUGAGGAGAAGAGUGAUGUCACUGUUGGUGGCUACAAGACAAAGGAUUCUGAGAGACGAGACACGACAAUCCAAACUAAAGCAGACAGGCAAAGUCAAGGGCAACGAGACAAGAGACAACCAGUAUCAUCUAAAUCACAAAGCUUACUUGAGUUUACAAGGUCAAUAAUCAGACAACGAUACGAGCAGAGACAACGAUCUCAAUCGUCACCUUUGGUGAAGACAAAUAGCAAUAGUGAAGAUUGUGAACAACAUACUGAAGUACCUAGCAGAAAAUUAAAGAAGAAAGACAACCAAAAUGUUAAGAAUCAAGGCAAAAUAUGUACAGCAAAGAAGGCUGCACCACAGACAGGAUCAAAACAAUUAUCAAUCGGAAGGAAACGAUCAUCCCCUGUUGUCAAAUCUGUUGCUGAAAAAGAAAGUCAUCAGACGUCACAUAACAGGAGAAACAAACGUGGCAGGAGACUGUCAGACAGCAUUCCUCCUUCUGGUAGUGACACCAAUGGAAGCACACAUACUCCUGCCUUACGUGUGGGACGCAGGAUGGGCUUACUCGAUGUGACGACUACACCUAGCAGUGUGAAAAGCACCAGUCGAGGUCCAGACACUGACGGCAAGGAAGAGAGUAAGGGAAAGAGCAAAGAGUUAGAUGUGGAGGAUGAUGAUGAAGAGAUUGGUGAUAUUGGCCAUGUUUUGCAUCAAAAUGUGAACACUGCUGUCGUCCCUGAUGUUGGUAUGGAACAAGAGGUUGAGGAAACCAAUUUCUCUCCAUUGGCGUCAUUUCAUUAUACAACAGAAGAAUUACAGAGUUGUGGAAAUGAAGUUUACUAUCUGGUUACUCCGAACCCAACUACAGGCUCUAGCAAGGACAUCUCUAAAUCUGUUACAUCCGGGUAUUCAAGCAUGUUAAGUCCAUUGAAAUCAGGACCACCAAGUAGGAAACGCCCAAGACUGGAGUCUUCAACUGAGCAAUUCAUUGCACCAAAUGAUUCGUUUGAUGGUGUUUCUAAUGGCUUGUCUAUGAAUGAGUCAGAGAGUGAGGAAGGAGGCUUGGAGGCUCAGCCAACUCUUGCCCGCAGGUUGUUUCAAACACCAAACGAGUUGGGUCUUAUGAGCGUUGGCAGCCCGAGUGAAGAAAAGGGGAGGAAUGUUAGUCUUCAUAACGUCAGUGCGGACUUGAGUGGAGUCUUUAAGACAUUUGGUCAUCAAAUACAAGAAUCUGUCAGCGGCAAGAAGAAACUCAUGGAAAAAUUUGUCCACAAAGUGGAUGACUGCAUGAUGCAACACAUUGACAAGUUUGUUGACAGGCGGUCAAAGAAGAGGCAUCAAGCUUUCUCUCAUUUUGUUGAGAAAUCAACAGAGAAACUGUCCGAAUGUGAGAAGAGCGUACAGCGAAUGAAGAAAACAGGAAAACGACUUGAGUCUGUAUUUGCUGAUACUAUGGAAGCACUGAAUGGCUGUCUGGAUGAACAGAAAGAGAACGUGGCAAGUAUACAGCAACUGCAGGAACACUUCGAUUGUCACAUGAAGAGACUGACUGAUGAAGACAAACAGGAACAACAACUGCUGAAGGGUGAACUACAGCAAGAGCUGACGUAUUUACGCGAGAAGAUAUCAAGGGAAUUUCAACAGCAAGGAUUAACAAGUCUUCGACGGUCUCUACACUCAAUGGCCAUGGACAUGUGAACCACAUUGUCUGCAUCAUUUAAUUUAUCUCUACUCUCAUUGGAGGUAACAACUUGUGGUUAGUUUACUAGCAUUCUCUAUUGCCUACUUUGACAGCUCUAGUAUAGUCGUACAAGAAAGAGUCAUAAGUGCAUGCUCUUGGCUGAUCUGUUGCAUGGGCAGAUUGCAAAUAUUGUUCUGUAUAGAUAAGUAUCUGUAACUAGCGUGUGUAUAUUGUAAUGUGUGUAGUAGCUUGAAUGAGAGAUAUGGAUCG